GCAGUGUACACUCUCGUGGAAGCAGGAUCGGAGGAUCAUAGGAGCGUGAAAUUUCUCACGCACUUGUCUUUUCCUUUUUGUUUUCAGUCUCGGAAAGCUAUGAUGGCUUUUUCUAGUGCAGGGUUUGUGGCACUCGUCAUGGAGCUCCCAGGUGUGGUGAGAAAAACCUUAAUCAUGGCCGCCCAGUCAGAAUUCAGAAAGUCAUGAUCAACCUUAACACGAUCAUUUUCCGACUCGUUCAACUCAUCAGGUAGUAUUCUUUUACUAAACACCACAGCAACCUCACGAGGGAUCACGACGAGAGCCUCUUCCUUGCCUUGGAAUUCUGGAGCCAGGUAGCCGUCCAGCAGUCCACUGCCGAUGAUGAGCCAGAUGGCCGAACAGUUCAGCGAUGGCAAUCACCAUUCUCAUACACGGCCUCUGAGGCCGUCCGCCAAACCCAGGAACAAAGAAAAGAUGACAGCCGCUUGACCUUGUCUGAUGCAGGGUGGAAGAUGAUCGCCGCGGAGAAAUAGGCCGAGGGGUACGACAAGGAGGCAUAUGAGCAUGCUCUCUGGCCGACCCAAUUCACACAUGCAACUGUCAGCACCACGAACUCACGCCAAAGCAAGAAGAGUAACGCCCGACUACAGACGUAUCUGCUCAAGCUUGAACAUCCAUUGGCUACUGCCGGGCAGGUCAAGACAGCGGCUGGCCUGGACACAACCCCACCCAUCUUCAGUGGCGCUGGCGAUGACGGUGAUUCGGCCAACUUCUGCAAGAUCGUAGGGGCAGAACGUGAGAACCACAUCAUGUCAUACUUGAACCAGACUGGGCAUUCGACUUUCAAGCCCACUUUCAUCACCCGUUCCGUUGCCUUCCAGCGCAGGACCAAUACCCAGUCCUCUACUUUGUCUACGGAACGCGGGCAGACCCCCCGUGUUCUCAAAGAAAACAUGAACCUCGACGACGAACUUGUAUACAAGCCUGCUAGAGUGCGAGGUGGUUUGCUCAAGGUCUGGGGAAACAAGUACAAGGCCCUCGUUGAUGCGCCUUCAAGGAUGGAUCACAACAAGGCGAUCAUCGAUGGUUACGCCUUUACUGUCGAGAAUAGCAUGCAGGAGGAUGCUCUGUGUGGGUAUGAAACGGACAAGUAUGAGGUGGUACGGUGCGCCAUCGAACUGCCAGAGGAAUGCCAGGUGGUGAAGGGCUUGACUUUCCGAUUUGUUGGGGAGACAAAGUGACACCACUCCAUCAACUCACAGCAGGGCUGUGGGCUCCUUGACACCUUUGCUCCCUCGCGUAUUGUUACCUGCCAGGUUAGCAUCUCCGGGGAAGAGCCCCGAAAUGCAGAUCCGUAUCGGACCGUCAAGCGCGGCUUCUCUUCGACCACAAGUUCAUCGGAAUCCUGUCGGGUGGCUGCUUCUGAUGGGCCUUGGCGGUCUGUUCUGGAUUGGACAAGGCAUUCGGCUGUGUAACCUGUAUAGGCCGCGAGCCUCAAUUUUUACACCAAAUUCUCGCCGGUCUCCUUUUCCGCAUCAUGGCUGCCCGAAUCGGCUUAGAAGGCGGGCGUCCCAAAGCACGGCGAGGAAUGUUUGCUUACUCGGCUCAAGCCACCAUCUGAGAAAUAAAAGACAGGUCAUAUAUCAUACCCUCUCCAAACCCCAAAUUCUCUUGUUCACCAUUUUCAAGCAGCGUCAGAUCCAUCUUUUACCCCACAAGCGUCAGCAGACCAAGCAAUGUUUGCCUGAGAAGCUUCAACACUACUGUCCCCAGCUUGACUUCCACUGCGAUGCGGGCCGAUGUCCUAUGGCCACGCUAUACCGGGCCUUCGCAGGCAUCAGUGCCAGGGAGACCUUGAUAUCGCCUCCAACCAGUCCGAACUCGCUCCGCAUCUCCUACCGUCACCCUUUCGGUAGGGUUGUGCUCUCGGGAGGCUCUCAAGUCACCACGUCUCGAUACUGGUCGAUAUCCUCAUACUUAUAGAUAUCUUUGCGCACAAGGGAGGUCGGGGAAUCUCAUCACCACAUCCCUUCUUCUCUCCGGGCCGGUUGAUGUACCAAAGACCGGCGAGGUCCGUCUCAGCUGGUCUGAUGUCGGCCACCAGGCGUCAGUUGGGUAAUUUGCGCCGGGCGACCCCCACUCCUGUUUGUUUGCUUCGUUGCAGAUGGUGUAAGGUGUGCGAGGAGGACCCAGUCUUUGCAGCAGCACAACUGCAGAGCAGAGGCUCGACUUUAACAAUCACUCACAGAUGGCCUAGAUCCGCUCGACGCACUAUGUGAUUCGAUCCUACCCGAAUGUGCUGUCACUUCAUGGCACCCACACAGCUCCUUGUCGUCUCACAGGUGGAUGGCUGGCGUCGUCAUAUCCAACAAAGAUACAGGCUCCUAGGUGCAGUGUGAUGAUGUGCACCCUCCGACUAUCGAUCGAGAAGUCUCGGCUUAAACGUGACUGGCAGCUAUGUGGUGCUUGGAAGGGGUAUAUAGAUGCCUCAAUCGCCGUUUUUUAUCUUCUCGGAGCAAUUUCAGAUCACCCUCUUCCAGUCAUUACUGUGGGCUAAAAGUCUCGUCUCGAGGUUGUUGAAGAAUCUUGUCUAGUCAUUUGAAUGACUGCUUUCUAGAAUCUCAGGAUACCAAGCACCAACACAGUCAACCCGCUUCGCCCCUUUUUACCUCGCCCCUUGCCGUCGGUAUGUGCGACUACGAGGAAUUCAUUUGGUCCUGUGAGCACUCAGACUUCCGGCUCAAGUCAUACUGUCAUAAAGCCCGAAACAACCCGGGCCACGCCUGCAACUUUGUAAAGCGGCUACGCCAUUGCUGGGACCAAGGCCGUCCAUGUGACGCUUGUCUUGCAAAGCAGGCAGCUGAGGCCCACGCCCAGAUGAUGAGCGGUUGGUACGGGUCCAAUCAAGCCGCAUAG